GAGGCCCCAGCAGGUGCGCCCAGCAGCAGCCCGCAAGUCGCAGGGACCCCUCGCCUCACCUCCGCCGGGUGCGCUCUCCUCGGUUCGCGAACCCCGCGCCGCGCGCCGCCGCUGACAUGUGUGCCGCCCCGAUGCCGUCCCUGGCGCACAUCUUCCGAGGGACAUUCAUCCACUCCACCUGGACUUGCCCCAUGGAGGUGCUGCGGGAUCACCUCCUCGGCGUGAGCGACAGCGGCAAAAUAGUGUUUUUAGAAGAAGCAUCCCAACAAGAAAAGCUGGCCAAAGAAUGGUGCUUCAAGCCGUGUGAAAUAAGAGAACUAAGCAACCAUGAGUUCUUCAUGCCUGGGCUGGUUGAUACACACAUCCACGCCCCUCAGUAUUCUUUUGCUGGGAGUAAUGUGGACCUGCCGCUUUUGGACUGGCUGACCAUGUACACAUUUCCUACAGAACUCAAAUUCCAGAACAUCGACUUCGCUGAAGAAGUAUAUACCAGAGUUGUCAGGAGAACACUAAAGAAUGGAACAACAACAGCUUGUUACUUUGGAACAAUUCACACUGACUCAUCUCUGCUCCUUGCAGAAAUUACAGAUAAAUUUGGGCAGCGUGCAUUUGUGGGCAAAGUCUGCAUGGAUAUGAAUACCACUGUUCCAGAAUACAAGGAAACCACUGAGGAAUCAGUCAAGGAAACAGAGAGAUUUGUGUCAAGAAUGCUCCAAAAGAACUAUUCUAGAGUUAAGCCCAUAGUGACACCACGGUUUUCCCUUUCCUGCUCUGACACUUUGUUGGGUAAACUGGGAAACAUGGCGAAGACCCAUAAUUUGCAUAUUCAGAGCCAUAUAAGUGAAACUGUCAAUGAAGUUGAAGCUGUGAAGAACCUAUUUCCCGAUUAUAAAAACUACACAGAUGUGUAUGAUAGAAACAAUCUUCUGACAAAUAAGACAGUGAUGGCGCAUGGGUGCUACCUUUCCACAGAAGAGCUGCAGGUGUUCAAGGAGCGAGGAGCAGCGAUCUCGCAUUGCCCCAAUUCUAACUUAUCGCUCAGCAGCGGCUUUCUCAAUGUGCUAGAAGUCCUGAAACAUGAAGUGAAAAUAGGGCUGGGUACAGAUGUGGCUGGUGGUUAUUCAGCUUCCAUGCUUGAUGCAAUCAGAAGAGCGGUGAUGGUUUCCAAUAUCCUUUUAAUUAAUAAGAUCAACGAGAAAAGCCUCACUCUCAAAGAGGUCUUCAGACUAGCUACUCUUGGAGGCAGCCAAGCCCUGGGGCUGGAUAAAGAGAUUGGAAACUUUGAAGUGGGCAAGGAAUUCGAUGCCCUCCUGAUCAACCCCAAAGCAUCUGACUCUCCCAUUGACUUGUUUUCUGGGGAUUUGGUUGGUGAUACGUCUGAAGCUGUCAUCCAGAAGUUCCUCUACCUAGGAGAUGACCGAAAUAUUGAGGAGGUUUAUGUGGGUGGAAAGCAGGUGGUCCCCUUUUCAAGCUCAGUGUAAGACCUUCGGCCUCUACGAGUUCUCCUGGGAUCACGUGGUUCUGCGUCUCCCUUGUGCCCAGGCCAAGUUAGAAAGUCCAAAAAUAGUAUGUUGUUCUUGGGAUGACUAUCUCUUUCUGUGUCUAGUUACAGUAUUCACUUGACAAAUCGUUUGAAGGAAGUCACGCUAAUUCCCAACUCUCUGGUUGGGAGGAUUCAAAAUUUCUCCCUUUUGAGCUGUUUGGAUUUACUUUAAGCUCAAACAUAAGGGAAUGUUAUUCCUGGUGGUGUUCUUAUUAUGAGAUUUAAGUCAAAUCGAUUUCAUACUUGGAAAUGUGGAGAGAAAAGAUAUUCCUGUACAGCUAGAUAUUUUGAGCUAAUAAAUGUGAAAUUCAGAAAAUGGAAGAUGAACCAGUGAAUAUAUUUUUAUGAGGGAGAAAAAGUUAGACUAUGAACACACAUUGGAAAAUCACUUCAGAUUAUCUUUGAAAAUUAUGUACUGAGCAUAUUAAUUUCAGAAGAGAACUUGUUGAAUUUCAAAAUGUGUUUCUAGAUUGACCUUGUGUUCUGGAAAUUUGCACUUAAUGGAAUUUGCAUUUCAGAGACAUGUUGUUGUUGUGCUUUGCUUUCUUUGGGGAUGAAAUGUCAGAAAUUGAAUGCUACAUGCUUUCUUAAUAUAGUUCUGUGCUUCAAAGUGUUUGACAGAGGUUGGGUGUUAAAGAUUUAAAGUCUCUUAGGAAUAUUAUUCACAUAACUACAUGGCACAAAUCGUGGUAUUUUUGUGUAUUUCAGAAUCACCUUAAUGUAUAACUGUGUGAUUUAUUAUUGCUUCAGUGUUAUUAGAAAGGAAACAAAUUCCAUACUCCACCGUUGUGUAGACUGGAGUCUUCAUAAACUGGGGCACGUGCUGGGCAGCCAGGAGCUAUCAAUACUAAAAGGAAGGGUUUCACGGCAAUGUUGUAGUCUCCCCAAGAGGUAUGCUGUGGUUGCUGAAAAUUUCAUCCUCAGAUCUCAAUCUGGUAGAACUUUAAAAUGAAAGACAAACUCAGUUAAAAACAUUAUUAAAAAUCUUUAAACCCUGCUUACUGAAAGCACUCCACUUUUCAAUUUUAUCCUAUUGUCUAUUUAAUUCCUAAUAAUUUUCAGGACAUUAGAAUUUUAGGAUAGUGAAAACUAUGUACAUGUCCCACUUAAUGUUUAUAUUAAUAGGACUUAAUCUGCACUAGACAUCUAGGAACAUUACACAAAGCAAAGAGUAUUUUUAUGCUUCCUAGUACAGUGUGCUUUCCCAUAACCUACAAUUAAAAGCAAAUUGAUUUUUUGAUAAACUCUGAAGAAGUAUUAAUGUGAAUGUCGUUUAAAUACUACAGUUUUCUCAUUUAAUUUCAAAUACUAUAAACCAACGUGGAAAAGGAAUAGAUUUUCUUAAUAUAUCAUAAUACUCACACCUAGGGCUUAAGUGUGACUCCUUAUAAUUUACCUUAGAGUAGAGAACUUUCUGUAAUAUAAUACAGCUAACUCCGUACUUACAGAGCUAAGAACAAAAUUCCCCCUUUUGUACUAUAAAUUUAUCCUCAAUUAGUUAUGCUAAGUCAGCAGUCACUUGCCCACAUUUUGUUUUCUGUUUUUCCUGGUGGAAACACUUUUAGAUUUGAUUGUGUGCACACAACACCUAAUGAUAGAACACAAUUUUGGUCUUAUUUUCAUUUUUUUAAGAAUUUUUCUUAUUUGAAUAUAGUUGACACAUAAUUUGAUCUUAUUUAAAACACACAGUUUGUGUUGUGGGAUAUUAAGUAACUCAGUAAAUUCAGCUUCCAGGGGCCAAAGGAACAUGGUUACCUGGCAUCUAACCCAUAGGAGUGGGCUUAAGAAUUUGGAUAAGAUGUGAGAUCAUCCCAUAGGCAGCAGCUGUAUUCCCAGCCUUUGCAAGAUCCUACAUUUGUCCCUUCCUGAAGGAUGUACAUGUUGAUGUUGAGCAUCAGUUUUCAUUUAGAUGAAAGAUUCACAUGCAGUGUAUAUAAAUAGUCACGGCCUCAGCAAGAAGAGUGGCCAUCUACAACCAGUCUGUCAAACAUUACAUUUAGCCCUGGGAGUGUGUUAAGACCUGACUAUCUUUUCUAGUAAAAAUAGAAUGUGUUGAAAUGUUUAUGUGUAGUUCGCUCUCCCUGUGUCUCUUAGAACUUAAGUGUUUUCGUGGCUCCAGGUGCAGCGGUCCUGAAUGUUGGUCGGCUUUGUGCAAUAUUGCAGGCAUUGGCCGUACAUGUGGUCAGAUGCUCUACACUUUGAAACGUUGGCUUGGCCUAAUGUGGCUUGACUUUCUGAAUUGUGGAGAGGCGGUAUUUCAAGCCAACCCUAUUUGUCACUUUAUGUUCGAAUAUUUUGCUCUCUGACAGGAAAGAAAGAGUGAAGGCUUCUUAUCAGCCCCCUCACCUCGCCCUGCACUGUUUGCCUCGGGUUUCAUGGUAUUUUUUAAUGGAAUACACUUUAACAGGUAAAAACUGAGUUAAUAGUGCUGACAGUCCUCCGUUUAAAAGAUAUUUUCUACAACAGAACACAAAAGCAGGCUAAUCGGCUUAAGUGAAUUUAAUAUCCAAAAGGGAAUGGAACAUGGGAUUAGGACCUGAGAGGUUGUCCUGGUAAUCGUAACCUGAGACUGAGACUCUGUGCCCUUUAGCAGCUCCUUCUCUGAUUUCAUUGUCGAAGGUUCUAGAAUCCAAGAGAAUAUCUUGGACCUAGCUCCCUUCAUGCCGGGAGGAGGUCUUUCUAAGUUACUAUUGUGAGCAUUGAACCCCACUGAAUCUCUUUUUCACUUCCCUGAGAAUUCUGCAUGGCAAGGGGAGGAAAGUGGUUGGAAACAUUCCCAUUAUGCUUAGCUGAUUUUGAACUGUGCCCUUGAGUAUCCCUGUUGGCAACUACAGCUGAGAUGUCACAGAGGCAACGUAUUUUGAAUAUUCACUCCCCUCCAGACUCUUCCUAUUUUUAAUCUUUCCACCUCAGAACUACACAUAUAGAAAGCUUUUAAGGCAAGCUGGAAGGCACGUUGUAUCCAUUCCACCUUGUGCGUACACAGAAGAUAUCUAGAACUGGAUGCUUCUGUAGCCUAGUGGACAUCUUUCCAUUGUCCAUUUUUUAAAGCUGAUGCCACUACUGGACACAUUCACACGUCUAAAAGGAGCAUUCUGAGUUUUUAAAAAGUAGACUAAGAAAUGUGUCAUGGCAAUGUCUUGAGAUAAUUUUCAAAUUACGUGGAUUGUACACAAAUUUUUAAGUUUUCUUUCUUUUUUAAGACUUAGAAGAGAUAUCUGCAACUUCAGAUCUACCUAGCCCCUUUAGGUAUGAUUUUGGACCCUGACCCUUUUCAGUGUCUCUAAAGGAAAAGUGUAGAAAGAAGUGCACACAUGAACAGACACUCCUGGAAAGCCCUAACAUUGGACCCCAUGCAUGUUUCCCCGCCCAGCCUCUCCCUUUCCCGCCCACAGCCCCGAAGGUCAAGAGCUGAGGGGUUAGUCUGUAAAUCCGGUCCAAAUUUACGGAAAUGCAAAACUUGAACAGGCCAGUGAUGGAACUUAGUGUAAAUUCCAAGACGGCUUUCAGUGUCCAGGGGGUGCUUGAGGAACAGAUGUCACGGGGCAUUGAUUUACCUGUUUAUUUCCUGUUCAAAAGCCUGUCAGAAAGCAUUCUGUAUCAAAAACCACCUUACAUUGUAUGUUAAACUCCUGAUUGCUGCCCUUAAGGCUAUAUAUGUGUGUAUUCAUGGGGACAUUUUUAUUCAAUAUUUGUAUGAUUUGCUUCCUGUUCAUGUGCUGAGUGAGCUCCUUUGUGCUUCAGACAAAAAUAAAUGAGAUUUUGUGUUUACA